AUGGCGUUCUGUAUCACCUUUGGCACGCACGAGUUCACCUCGAUGCUCGAGGGCUAUGAGAAUGUCCGGGCCUACUGUUACAACUUCGUCUUUUGUCUAGGUCGAAACUGGAAUGGCCAUUGCAUCACCCGUUGGCCAUUCUUCACCAUCUGCUUCAUUCCAUUGAUCCCUCUUUCAACUCAUAAGUACAAAGAAGUCAUGUGUUACACCUGUCGCUUCUCGCAGGAUCUUCGUGACCGUCCUGAUAUUACACCUGACACACGUCCACCUCCAAUGCCAGCUUACCCAUGGGCUCCGCCGGGGCCACAUCCACCUCCAAUGGCUUACGGGGCCCAGCAGCCCCCCCGCUGA